UGAAAUAACUAAAUUAUUUUUUAGAUGUAGUAAAUACAUUAAACAAUGAACAUAUUUCGCCUCAGUCGAGAGAUUUUAAAGGGAAUUGUUGCAGGAUCCAAAAAAUUAGCAUAUGACCAAACCCAGUGCUAUAAUGUUUGCAAAUCAUUAAAAUGGUCGCUUAUACCAAAACAAAAUGUAGCAUUAGAAUGGAAGAACAUUAUUUGGAGCAACCCGCUCCAUAGUUCAAGAAAACAAGCUUGCAACAAGAUUUUGCACAGAUAUACAAAAAGGUUUACAUUGGUCUCCUUUAUUUCAACCUAUCUAGCUGAACAAACUAAGACAUCAUACAAACCAUCCCUACAAGAAUGUGCCCAAUCAUUUCAAAAUAGCAUUGGACAAGAUCUAGGGGAUGACUCUGUGGAAGAAUAUUCAUACUCUUUCGACGAUUAUAAACUUGGCAAAAAGUUAGGUCAUGCAUGCAAUGCUGUUGUAUAUGAAGCAGAUAAUCAUGGGAAAGAGUGUGCAGUAAAAGCUAUGUUUAACUACUAUGCCAAGUCAUCUGGUACUGCCAUCUUGCAAGCUUUUGAAAGAGAGUAUAAAACAUUGUCAAAUAAAGAUAUAUUGAAAAGACAUCCCAAUAUCAUAAAGUUGCUUGCAUAUUUUGUUGAUUCCACUCCUGUUAAUGAAGAACUUUUAUUAACUUGUCCUGCGGCUAUACCCAGAAUGCAUGGUGGCCAUGCUCGAAGCAAGACUUUGUUCCUUGUGAUGCCGAAGUACUCAUGUUCAUUGCAAGUGUUUCUUCAGAACAAUAGUAAUCGUCUCUCUCGUGAAGUCAGAGUACUUUUGUUUUCUCAGUUGGUUGAAGCUGUUGCUCAUUUAGAAAAAAGUGGUGUGGUACAUCGAGAUAUCAAAUCAGAUAACAUUCUCAUCAACGUAAAGGAUGGAUUUGAUUGCCCUCAAUUGGUUUUGACAGAUUUUGGAGAUUGCCUCUACAACAAGAAUAUGAUGCUCUCAUAUGAAUCUGAGUAUGUACACAAAGGUGGGAAUGCAGCACUUAUGGCACCAGAGAUCAUCAAUGCUGUGGCUGGAAAAAACCAAGUCAUCGAUUAUUCCAAGGCUGAUGCAUGGUCUGUUGGAACACUGGCUUAUGAAAUUUUUGGUUUUGAAAAUCCAUUUUAUGGUCAGUUUGAAAACACAUGUUACAAUGCAGAGAAGUUGCCCAAGUUAAAGUCAGGCAAUAAGAUAGUUGACAAAGUUGUUCACAGAAUGCUCCGACGUGAUCCAGAAUUAAGACUGACUGCACGCAAUGCAGCUACCAUUUUGUUUUUAUUGGUUUUUGCUCCCAAACAAUGGUUUAAUAUUAAGCAAGUGGAGGAAGAGGCUAUACACAGUUGGCUUCUUGAGUUGUCCAUCAAUGCAAAGCGCAUGUGCUGUAAGCAAAACGAUCUGAUGGACUUGCCUGUGAAACAACAGCUGCAUAUGGUAUUUUUGACAAGAAUAACAUUCAGAGAGAUUCGCAACUGUUUAAAUCUUGUAUCAGAAAUAAAGUAAUGGUGUGAACAACUUGUACCAAGCAUCCUGUGCAACAAACACUUAAUUUACUGUAAUAUAACACUUUUUAUGCUCAGUAUGUUAUAAUUUAUUCUGUCGUAGAUAAAGGAAUGAACCAUUUGGCGAUACACAUAUAAAAUAAAAUUGUAUUUCUCUUUAAUUCCUUUUUUGUCAUAGUUUUACCAAAUGAUUAGCAUAGAAGUUCAGAUAAGAAGAAAAUUUUCUGCAGAUAUUAAUUGUCUUUAUUAGUCUGCGAUCUUAUUAUUGUUUUUUCUUUGUCUUUGUUUUUUCUUUGUUUUCUGUUUUUUCUUUUUGUGAGUUAACUGUUGUACUGUAUGCACGUAAUUAUUUUUUAUGACUUGAUUAUUCUUGUAGUUAUGUAAGUAUUAUUAAAUGAAAGAAAACUACUCAAAAUGUUACACAA